UCCCUCAGGGAGCCAGUGGAUGAAGUCCUCCAGAUUCCCCCUUCGCUGCUGACAUGCGGCGGUUGCCAGCAGAACAUCGGGGACCGCUAUUUCCUGAAAGCCAUCGAUCAGUACUGGCACGAAGACUGCCUCAGCUGCGACCUGUGCGGGUGCAGGCUCGGAGAAGUGGGGAGACGGUUGUAUUACAAACUGGGCAGAAAGCUCUGCAGAAGGGACUAUCUCAGGCUCUUUGGCCAAGACGGCCUCUGCGCCUCCUGUGACAAGCGAAUCCGGGCUUACGAGAUGACCAUGCGGGUGAAGGACAAAGUGUAUCACCUUGAAUGCUUCAAAUGUGCUGCCUGCCAGAAACAUUUCUGUGUCGGGGACAGAUACCUCCUCAUCAACUCAGACAUAGUAUGUGAACAGGACAUCUACGAGUGGACUAAGAUAAAUGGAAUGAUCUAGCAAAGACAUGCCUCAUAGUUUAUAAAAGACAUCUCACGGGCGACACCGAUGCAUAGCUGCAGUGAGGAGAUCAUCACUUGAGCUAUGGGCUUUGUCUAAAAUGGGGGGAAAAUACCACGGAGUUGGCCCUUUGCAGGCAGUGCUACGUAGAAUCUAAACUACAUAUAGGUGAAGAAGGGAGACGGAAGCAAUAGUAGAUAGACUGACUUCUGUUAACAAAGGCGCAUGGACAAUAACUGACACCAGCCACGUAGGCGAGAGUUGGGGAACAAACAGAACGCGAUAACGAAUUCUCAUAACUGGAAAAAGAGUAGGGACUUCUGUAAAGAGAUGUUAUGACUGUGUCACCUGCAGACUAGGAUUGUGCAAUUGAAUUUUCUUUUCGUCUUGUUUUAGUUACUGCGUUUAGACGACAGCUCCUAAUGUAGACAUGAGGGAGAAUACUGGAAGAAAAGGGCCAUCACUAACGUGGUCAUUCUAUACGGCCUUACACUUUGGGUAGGAGAGAAAGUGGGAAGCGGGUGGGGGUUAUUUUUGCAUGGAUUUUUUUUUUCCUUUGAG